ACGCACAGCAGUGGUCCGUAUGCUGUAAUUACAACGAGAAAUCAGUGAGACUCUUAUUGAAAGAUAAUAAGCUAUGAAGAGGUCCAGAUCUUCCUUAACUUCCAAGGGAUCAACUGCUUCUAAUAAGCUGAACACAACAACAUCUGAUUGUGAGGGGGCUGGCCAGGAUGAUAGUGUUAAUGAAACACCGUCAUCUAAUCCUCAUGUACCAGCAAAGGACUCAGACAGAUCUGACAAUAAUUUGAGUGGGAAUGUUAGUGAAACCAUAGACUUGGGUGGAAUGACGGAGGAAGAGUACUUGGAAUCAUUGAAAAAAAUGAGAGGGCAGCAAUCUGGGGGCAUUUCACGAGGAGAUUUGAGCUUGGUAAGAUUAAAGCUUUUGUCAUUAUUGCAAGCAUAAGGGUUUUGCAGCUCACCCAAAAAUAAAUGGUACAACUGCAUUGAUAAAUCAUUUGGAAAAAUGCAAUGAGUACCCUCCAAAUAAAGAACUGCGGAGUAAAAGACAAAAAGUGUUUACUUAUGGCAAGUCCAAGGAUUUAGUUGUUAUAGGAUGUACUCAAGAAGAAAUUACUAAGGCAUGUGUUCAAAUGGUAGUUCUAGAUGAGUUGCCUUUUAGUCACGUAGAAGGAGAAGGCUUUCGCUAUUUUUGUAGGGUUGCAUGCCCUCACUGGAAAGUUCCUAGUCGUAAAACUAUUGCUAGAGAUGUGCUUAAUCUGUUUUAUUCAGAAAAGACUAAACUGAAAAGUGAUUUGAGUUCAUAUAGGGUGUGUCUCACAACAGAUACUUGGACCUUGAUCCAAAACAUUAACUACAUGGUACUCACAGCUCAUUUUAUUGAUCGUAAUUGGAUGUUGCAUAAGAGAAUUUUGAAUUUUUGUGUGAUUCCAAACCACAAGGGUGAAUCUGUUGCUAAACUUUUGGAGGAAUGUUUAGUAGAGUGGGGUAUAGAAAAGAUUUUAACUAUUACCGUUGAUAAUGCUUCUUCUAAUGAUGUUGGGUUGAAAGAUUUGAUCAAGAGAAUAAGUUCUUGGAGAGUUGAAAAUGUACUUUUGCAUGAGGGAAAAAACUUGCAUAUGAGAUGUGUUGCUCAUAUCUUGAACUUGAUCGUGAAUGAUGGAUUAGGAUUGUUGAAUAAAUGCAUUCAAAGCAUCCGUAAUGCUGUUAGAUAUGCAAGAUCUUCUCCCCAAAGGUUAGAAAUGUUUAGGAAUUGUGUGGAAAGAGUUAAAAUAGAGAGUAAAGGGCUUGUGAACAUGGAUGUCCCUACUAGGUGGAAUUCUACAUUUCUAAUGUUACAAGCUGCUUUGAAGUUUCGCAAGGCUUUUGACAGGUUGAUAGAGGAUGACGGUCAUUAUCUUGGAUAUUUUAUUGGAGAAAAACAAGAAAAGAUAAGAGAAGGGCCUCCAUUUGAUGAUGAUUGGCAGAAGGCCGAAGUGUUUGCUAAUUUCUUGAGACCUUUCUAUGAAGUUACUUUGAAGAUAUGUUGUUUGACCUUCAUGUUAUUUCCAUGUUUAUAUUUGUGUUUUUGAUUAGUUUUGAGUGAUUGUUACUCUAGAAAUUACACACUUUUGGUGUAAAAGUUUAGUUUGUAAAAUGUUUGUAAAAUUGUUUAGAUUAGGUUGAUUCUGAGCUCAAACAGGUCCAAGACCAC